AUGGCCGGAGCAAAAAAGCCCGGUAGCAGCCAGCAAGGUGCAAAAGCGCAGCUGAAGGCGAUUGGAGAAGCUCUUCGCCAGCAAAAGUACGAUGAGGCGAUUCAGCAGGCUAGAGACGUGCUCGAGGCAGACUCUAAGAACUACCAGGCAUUAAUUUUCCUGGGAUUCGCUCUGGAUAAGACGGGCAAGCUGGACGAUGCUGUACCCGUUUACGAAGACGCAGCCAGCGUGAAACCUGCCGACCCACAGGCAUGGCAAGGUCUCAUCAAGGUGUUCGAGAAGCAGGGGUCACGAGCGAUUCCCAAGUACAAGCUCGCAGCCAUCAAGCUGGCGGAGAUAUACAGUGAUGCCGAGGACAUGUACAAGUGCCAGGUCGUAGUGGACACGUUUGUGGACUUUUCCCGAGCCAACGCAAGCGGAAAGCAGCUUGUCGACGCCCUGGGCAUCUUGCUUCCCGACUCGCCGGUGUAUCCGAUUUUAAGAGGUCGCAUCCAGCCUCCAGCAACAACGUACACGGCGACUGCAAAGGUGCUGGAAGCGGAUGAGGCUAUGCGAAUCAACACUCUGAUCGGCGAGCGGAGAACACGGCUAGGCGCUCGGCUGGUCGAAGUCACUGCAGAAGUGAAGCGGGACACGUUUGCAGACAGCCAGCUGACGGACAUCUACGGCGAGCUGAUCAACUGGACCAAUGACGACGAGCUGCGACGGUCGUAUGAGGAGAAGUUGUUGUCGUAUCGUGUCGAGCGACUCGCAGUGUUUGUUGGCGACAAGAAGGAGCAAGAGCUGGAGGAGGUGCGCAAGUUGGCUAAGGGCAUGGUCAUCAUCAAGCAUCCUUUUCAGCUGGCGUGGGAAAUCACGAUUGACUGGUGUGACUUUGCCGAUGUCAGCGACUGGGAUGUGGCCCUGCUGUGGGAAUUUUACACUCUCUUCCCGACAUCUGGCUUGGGCAAGGCAUUGGGUGGGUUUUUGACAAGCGAGCUGUCCCCGUUUUCCCAGAAAGCGCCUCCGGAGGAGGACGCUGGGCCUCAGGCGGAUAGCGAGGGUGGAAAAGAAAGCGAAGGUGCAGCGGCUAAGGGAGGUGGCGAGAAGGCCGAGGGUGACGCUAUACCAACAGUGCAUGAUACGCUUCCGAAGACGGACGAAGACCGUCUGGCAUUUCUGCUCGAUGGGAUAAAACAGGCAAAGUCCCUGCUUGCCUACCGGAUGGCAGGCAUCUGGUACCAGCACUCGGAGGACUUCCUGGACAACAUCGAACUGAUGCGCAAGGCGCUCAAGUUCCUCGACGUUCGGCGUGCCGACACGGGCCUCUCGCUCCAGAACACGGAAGACGCGUUUACGGUAUAUCUGGCAACGGCGUUGAUAUACUACCAAAGGCCGCGGAACCACCCCGAAUCGAAGCAGCUUUUCGAGAGGGUGUUAUCGCACAACCCAGAGGCAACCCCGGCACUCGUCGGGGUGGGACUGAUCGACGAGGAAGAGCUGGACUACGGCUCGGCGGUGUCGUUCCUGGAACGGGCACUGGAACGUGACCGGAGUGAUCUGCGGGUGCGGAGCGAGGCUGCGUGGGUGCGGUCUCUCCGGGGAGAACACGAGCACGCACGGUCGGAGCUGGAGGCAUGCAUUCCGCUGCUCGUGGAAGCGGGAGUGACGGUCAAGAAGCUGCUUGCGCUGACGCAGUACCGGCUGGGGGUUUGCAUGUGGCAUCUGGACGGGUCCAAGGCGGCGAGGAAGAGCCGCAACGGAGCGUAUAAGCAGCUGCUGAACGCGCUCAAGAAUGACCUGCACCUGGCGCCAGCAUACACGAGCCUGGGAAUUUACUAUGCAGACUACGGCAAAGACCGGAAGCGGGCGUACAAGUGUUUCAUGAAGGCGCUAGAGCUGUCGUCGGGCGAGCUGGAGGCAGGGCGACGGCUGGUGCAGACGUUUGCAGACAAGAGAGACUGGGAGAGCAUCGAGCUAGUGGCGCAGCGGGUGGUAGAGUCAGGGCAGGCGACGCCGCCUUGGGGCUCGAAGAAGAAGGCGCACAGCUGGCCGUUUGCGGCAUUGGGCACGGCACAGCUGCACAAGAAAGAGUACAACAAGGCGAUGAUGUCGUUCCGGAUGGCGACGCGACUGGACCCGAGAGAUUACCACUCGUUUGUGGCGCUGGCAGAGACAUAUCUCCGGGUGCGGAUGCACUACUCGGCAGUGCGGGCGAUCGAGCAGGCGCGGAAGAUCAAGGAGGGCGGAGGGCUGGACACUGCCUACGACGACUGGUUUACAGAUUUUCUGCUAGCUAACGUGUACCGGGGAGUGGGCGAAUACGACAAGGCGACGGAGCUGUACGAGGCGAUACUACAGCAACGGUCGGACGAGCCAGGCGUGCUGAUAGCGAUGAUGCACGCAAUGGUGGAGAGUGCGGACAGCUGCGUGAAGCGCGGGCUCUUUGGCGAGGCGACGAGCAAGGCAGGCUCAGCGUUAGAGCUGGCAGCCAAGGUAGCGACGACGCAGACGGCCUCGACGUCGGGGUUCUGGACAGCGGUAGCCAGCGCGUGUGCAGUGUUCUCGACGGUUCAAGGACGAGUGAGCGAGUUCCCGGUGGCACUGUGUCGGGAGCUGAUCGCGGGCGGAGAGCAGGGCCAGGGUCCCCUGGGCUCGGCGGCAUACAGCUUUCUGCAGGACAUUGAUGGGGUGGGAACGGGAGUGGUGGCGGCCAGCGAGAUGUUUGCGGAGAGUGAGAAGGCCGGGGUGGACCUGACACGUUGUCUGCACGCGACGAUCCUUGCGUUUAAGCGGGCGCUGCACUUUACGGAUGCCAGCGAACGGCAGAUGCUGGCGGCAGCACACUACAACGUGGGAUGGGCGGAAUACCGGGCGCACAGUUGUCUGCCGACAGCGAUCCGGAGCGGACUGAACGGCUACCUGCGAGCGGCAAUCCGGUGCUUCAAGCGGGCAAUCGAGCUAGAGGGCGGCAACCGACGAUUCUGGAACGGACUGGGGGUGGCGACGAGCGCAGUGCAUCCGCCGAUCAGCCAGCACGCGCUGGCUCGCAGCCUGUAUCUUGGACGGGGUCGGGCAGCGGUGUGGGCGAACUACGGGACGCUGGCGCUGGAGCACGGCGACGUGGAGCUGGCCAACAGGGCGUUUGCCGAGGGCCAGUCGAGCGACCCCGACAGCGCGGCCAGCUGGCUUGGCCAAGGCUUUGUGGCGCUGGCGUUUGGCGAGGCCGACGAGGCCGGCAGCCUGGCGAUGCACGCGAUGGACCUCUCGGACGCUUCAUCGCUGGCGGCUCGACAGCAAUAUGCGAUCUCGGUAUUCGACCGGCUGACGGCCAACGAGGCGUCGACAUCGUCGACAGCAGACCUGGUGCGACCUCUGAUCGGGCUGGAGCAGGUGCGACGGUUGCGGCCACAGGAGUUGCCAUACGGCCACCUGUUUGCGCUCUUCCGCGAGCGGAUCUCGGAUGCGGACGGCACAACAAAGCUGCUGGAAGGCAUCUGCGCGGCGCUGGAGGCGGAUUAUGAGGCGACUGAGUCAGCGGCGUCUCUGCGGCGGUAUGCCGUGGCCAAGGCCGACGUGGCACGAGCCUAUGUGGCGCUGGGGGCAUACGAGAAGGCAGUGGAGAGCGGGGAGAUGGCGCUGCAGCUGGUGGGGGAAGGGGGUGCUGGCGAGGUGAGCAAGCCAGAACGAGCCAAGAUUCGGCUGUCGGCACAUCUGUCGAGCGGACUGGCGCAUUUCUUCCGCUCGGCGUUUGACGAGGCGCUGGCCGAGUUUGAGGCGGUGUUGGGAGGUGACGACGACGACGACGACAAAAACCCCGACGCAGUGUGUCUGUUUGCGCAGGUGCUCUGGGCCAGCGGCACGGACGAGGGACGCCAGCGGGCACAGGACGAGCUGUUUGCGGUGAUCGAGGCGCAUCCGGACCACAUGCAGGCAGUGCUGCUGUUAGGAGCGAUGGCGAUGUUGAACGGCGACGGCGAGAGCGCAGAGGCUGUGGUGGCCGAGCUGGCCGAGAUGCAGACGCAGACACGGUCGCAGUCGCGGGCAGCCGCCGGCGAUCAGACGCAGAUGGGCAACCUGAUGCACGCGCUGGCGAGUCUGGACGGUCGACAGAAGAGCCGGCAUCAGGCACAGAGAGACAUUAUGCUGCAGCCACAUUUGCCACAUGGAUGGGGGAAUUUAGGAGAGGAGGAGGAGGAGGGGAAGGAGGAGGAGGACGACGACGACGACGACGACGAUGAUGAGCAAAACUUUGCCUGUGAUAUGGCCCUGCGGCUUACUCGCAGCCUUAUCCCACCACGCGGCAAUCUACGGCCCGAAGACCUGGCGAGAGCGUGUGUGGGCACACGGCGGACAACCGACGCGCAGGUCUCGAUUGCUGUGGCGCCGUGGCUUCAGGAUGGCUGGCAAGCAUUGGCAGAAGCGGUGGUCUAG